AUGGCCUCUUACAUACGAGACAGUCGAAGUUCGGUGAGGGCUCAUAGGCGAGACUCGUCGUCAUCAUCAUCCUCAAACACAAACUCCAACCGCACAAGACCACGACUUCUUCGCUCUAGUGCAACGGAACCUUCAAUUACUGCUUCAAAUGCCAUCAGAGGUUCAUUCGCUGGCCCUGGUUCACCACAAAGAGCAACUGAUCUCCUCAACCGUGUUGCCGUCUACUCGCCAUCUCCAGAAGCCUCGACUCCAGGUUCAGUCUCACGCCACGCCGAGCCCAUCUCAAUCUGCCGUGACGACCGAGAGCAUUCGCCCUCCAGCAGCCCAGGAGGCCAAUCCGUCGUGAUGGUCGACUCACCAUCUGGUUAUUACUUUAGCUUUCCUAGCUUUGAGGAAUGGAACAGGGACAGCCAAGAGGACAUGAACAAGGACUCAGAUGACUGA